AUGGCCGCACCGUACACGGAUGGCAUGGCUACCGAGCUGUAUCUGGAUGAGGAUCCGUUGAAAGUAUCUGGUAUCAGCUUUGCGAUCGUGAGCUUCGCCACCCCGAACGGCCCUCAAAAGUGCUCGACCUUCGGCCUCAAGAUCCGCGGGGCCUUUGACACCUUGGAAGACGCGAACGCGCACGUGAAGAGAUUGAUUGCAUUGGAUCCAAAUUUCGACAUCUUCGUAGUGGAUUGCUACCGCUGGCUGCGCAUGCCUCCGGACCCAGAGGUCAUCGACAAACAGAUCUAUCAGGACCCCCAGUUGAAUGCGAUAAUGGCAGGCCACAAGGACGAGCAGUUGAAGGCCAAGGCCCACUUUGAGGAGAGGAAGCGUCAGGUGAUGGCGGAGGGUCUCGACGCGGUGGCGGAGGAAGGAGGUGGAGGGGCCAGCACCUCAGCUGGGCCUUCGCAGUAA